AGAAGAUAUUUGUUUAGAUUUCACUUGUAAUGCAAAAGAAGACAAAUUGAACUUGGCUUUAAAUACACUCAUUUACCCUUGCUCUGUUUUUUCCACUGACCAGACAAAGAUUUUGCCAGAAUCUUGGGACAGUCCAAACGGGGAACAGAAUGUAGAACCCAAUGCAAAUUUUCCAAAUGCUGAACCAUGUGACAUAAGUCCAUGUCAGCUUCCUGCAAAUGCUUUUGUGAACUUUGAGCAUCUGAUGGAAGUCACUGGUAAAUCCGAAGAAGCUGAUUAUCACAAUGUAAGUUCUUCAAGUUCUUCUGUUUCUGAUGACGUUCACACAAACUAUGUACCUAUACCCAGUUCUGAUUGUCCUGUUGAGGAAGAUCUCUUCCAGAGCAAUGCCACUUGGUUUGUAAAUGCAUCACGCAAUGAUGUCUGUAAUAAAGGACAUCCAGAAAGCGUUGCAGUGAGUUAUUUAAUACAGUUGGGAUUGGGAAGCGAACUGCCGGCAGAAGCACAAGAGCAAGUCAUGGACAAUGAAAUAGGAGAGACUUGUUUACAGCAUGAUGAAAAGAUGCAUAUUGCCAGCAAAUGCUUCAGUGAGGAUGAACAGAAGGUACUGGCUGAGAUUUGUUUGUGUGCAGAUGAUGGUGAAACCAAAUUGUCAGAACUUGAACCGCAGGGACUUGUACCAACUUUAGAGCUGCUUAAUUGCCUAAAUGAUGGGAAUAACAACAAUGAUUGUUUGAAAGCUGUUUGUUCUGCUAGCAGUGAUGUACAAACACUUUCUCAACCACCAUGCCAACCUGAAGUUUUGGAGACAUUUGAUUGCUCUUCAUUGUCAAUAAACUGCACAAGGGAAAGCACUUGCCAGUAUCUGGACUCUUCUUCAGAGCAUCCAGCCAGUGACACUCAGAGAUCUUCAGUUACAUCCAUUCAGGAGCAUGGAGACCCUUAUGACAUGGGGGAAAUCAGAGAUGUUGUUGACUGCGGAAUUCCUCUCGUGAGUACUGCAAGACUAUCACUUGAAACUGGAGAUGCGCAGUCAUGUGCCAUACAAGGCCAUGGUAGUGAUUAUGCUUCCGUUGAGUGCUUUACAACUACCAUGCCUCAUGUUUCCCAACUUAUAACAAGCAGUCUUGGAGUUCUUGACUUGGAUCAGUCUGACUUUAAAGUCAUUGUUGGUGAUAUGAGUGAUAAAGCUACUUAUGUAAAUACAGCGAUUCCGUUACCAGUAGAGCCUGACCAGGUUGAUGUUUACGCCACCUUGCCAUCUUACGAGAUAUAUUUUCUCAAUAAAGAUCAAUUCACGGUUCCUGUGCAGGUGGAAAACCCUCAGGGCUCGGAUGAAAUGGAGGGAGAGCAAGGCAUGCUGAAUAUGGUGUCAGACCUUCUUGGGAAAUCAGAGUUGAGUGAUGAGGUGGACUCUAGUAACUGCCUUCCGGUGUGGGCCAAAGAACCACAUGUCCUGUUUUCUGAUAACCAAAUAGAGGCAUGUGCGUUGGUAUCAACAUGGGACAACACUGUCUCUGAGGCAAGCCUUACAAUGCCAAAUGUUGAACGGGAUGCUGAAUCUGAUUUCAAGACCUCUAUGGGUUUCAUAGCACCCUAUCCUUAUAACCUGUUAGCCACUGAAGGAUCUUGUGUAUGGGACUGGCAGAAUGCUUAUAGUGAACUUGAAUCCUCCAAGAUCUCAGACCUCAAUCCCAAUGCAAAGGCAUGGGCCAAUUACAUGCCUAAACCGGAGGCCUCUGCUCCAACCUGCCCAGAUUCUCAGCAGUCAUGGGUAGAAGCGGCCGAUGACCCAUCAAACUGCAUCUCAGGAGGUUAUAACAACAGUGAAGACAAAGGGAACUGGAAUGAGGAACAGCAGGUAUCUACAUCUGUAGAGCUGCCCUUUGCAGCACAGCCAGAAUCAGUGUACAUGGGAAGCUCAGCCAGUGAGAAGGGCAUUGUGUCAAACCAGAACACCAGUAUGAAAGGGGUGGAUGAUUCCGACUCCUCCAGACAGCUCGAAGACCUUCGGGAACAGUUGAAGGCAACACUGGAGUUCUGCCUCUCUAGGGAGAAUCUAGCCAAUGACAUGUACCUCAUCUCACAAAUGGACAGUGACCAGUAUGUGCCAAUAGUGACUUUGGCAAACCUUGAUCAAAUCAAGAAACUCACCACUGAUGUGGAUCUCAUUGCAGACAUCUUGAAAACACUGCCUCUUGUUCAAGUGGACAAAUGUGGAGAGAAAGUGCGGCCCAAUCAGAACCGCUGCAUCGUAAUUCUCAGAGAGGUUCCCGAGGCCACUCCUCUGGAGGAAGUUGAAGCGCUAUUUAAGAGCGAUAACUUGCCCAAAUUCAUCAAUUGUGAGUUUGCCUACAAUGACAACUGGUUCAUCACCUUUGAAACUGAGGCAGAUGCUCAGCUGGCAUAUCAGUAUCUCAGAGAAGAGGUGAAAACUUUUCAAGGGAAGCCGAUAAAGGCUAGAAUAAAGGCUAAGGCCAUUGCCGUCAAUACCUUUGUGCCAAAGAAUGGGUAUCGGCCAGUGGAUGUGUCCUCAAAUGUCCAACAGCGUUACACCCCUUACUACAUCCCACCUGUGUAUGGAGCACAGCAACAGUUUCCUCUUUACAGACUGGUGACGCCUCAGGGCUGGUCAGCUACACAGAGCUACCUGGAUCCAGCUCUGGUUACUCCAUUUCCCAGCCCUGCGUUCAUUAAUGGCUUUGCUGGUUCUCCAACGUUUAAAUCAGCAACAUCUCCAUUAACUGUGCGACAAUAUGUACCUCGAAACAGGAACCACAACAAAACACACAUUCGACUCACAACAGAACGUGGAACCACUCUGCUGGAAAACCCUGCUGCUUUCUCUACUUUCCCUUCGGAGAGAGUUCCCAAUGGGACGCGUCCCCCACAGGCUCAUCUCCUGGGUAGCCGACCUCGACUACCCAGCGGUCCGUGCUAUCCGCGCCGGGACCAGGUUGGAAGCGGACGAAUGGAAGUGAAUGGAGCCGAUUACUCUCUGAACGCUGGCCGUGGAAGGGGGGGCUAUGGAUACAGGAAAAGAAGAGAUGACAACAAGUUUCCAAGAGCAGCAACACCGUCGCCCCCUCCUGUUCAGGAGCGCACUCCCUCCCCCAGCUUUGAGCUGGGUCUGUCCAGCUUCCCUCCUCUGCCUGGAGCCGCAGGAAAUCUAAAACCUGAAGUAAAAACUGAAAGCAGCCUUGACAACCGACUGUCUGACAUUGUCACCGGAGCAGUUAAAGACAAGCCUCUAAAUAAGGAUGUGGUCACCAGCCGUGUGAUCUCAGGGACCCCUAAAGAAUCUGUGCAGGCUGCUCCUGCUGCUCAGACCCCAGUGGACUACCAACACUCACCCUCUCCAGCCGUUACAAAACCGACAACUGUAGAAAAACCUAAAGAGAUGCAGACCCCUGCAGAGAAAUGCUCUGAGACCCCCGCUGCUAAAACCGCACCACUGAGCAAUCCAAUAUCGGAGCCCCGGAAGCCAAGCUAUGCAGAGAUCUGUCAGAGGAUAAGGGAGGCACCAACACAGCAGCCAUCAGCAGAUCCCCGGCCUCUCAGCUCCACCACUGAAGACAUCAAGACUUCUGACUCGGCAGAACGCAGAUGCAGAGAAUCAGCGCCCGCACCUGCCAAAUCUGCAGCGACCACUUGUCCCAGAGAGACAGUGAAACCUCCACAGAGCAGCGGAGAACGAGCGAGCGGUGGCACGACAGCUUCCUUCCACCAAUCCUGAGGGCCUCGGCUUUGCUUUCAGGACUGAACGGGAACGAAAACUUUGUCAGGGCUGCUCAAAAAACAAACAAACAAACAAAAAAAGUCCCUCUUAUCUCACGGUCUCUGUGAGUGCACACACAGACAGACAGCUUGUCACUGGAAUCAGGGCCUACAGACAAAAGCACUUGUGCAUAAGGGUUCUCUGAAUAUUUUUGUUGUCCUUUCUGUCGUUUUGUUUUUCGAUUUACAAGAUCUUUAGUUGUUUUCCAAGGAAAAUGGGAUUAAUGAACCAGCAUCAGUUGGAGAUUAACUAUUUAAAAACAUUUGUCAGAGCUCACCUUUAUUUUGGGGUUAAAACUUCAAGUAGUGCUGUUGGGAGGAAAUACUGAUUUUUGAAUAGUGCUGAUCCUGAAACACUUUAUUUUUGUGUGUUUUCUUUCCUUUUUUUAAACUGAUAUGUAUAUAAUUUUGCUAACUUUUGAGUGUCUUGGUGCCGAGGCGAUUCUGAAUCUCGACGGCCCCAGCCUUUACAACUGCAUGAGUGAGACUUUCGUGUAAAUCUGUUUUGUUCCGUUUUUAUGUUUGGAUGUUCCAGCACUGGAGUGACGUUUUUGUUUUUGUUCAGUUUUUUUUGAGCUCUGAAUUAUUUUUUUACAUGCUUAUCCUCUAUCAAAGUGUACUGAUGUGAUAUUGUAGCAGGUGUAUGUAUACCUGUUCUUGUGUGCAUGCUUUCUUUUACGUUUUCUUCUUUUCUUUUUAACUUUUUAAUGGCACACAUUGGUUUGCUGUAUCAUUUCUUUUCUGUUUUUCCCUACUCGCCGAUAGUUUGGGAAGAAUCCGCUCUGAUGCCUCUUCAUUCGAUUCUGAAAGAUCUUCACACUGCAAAGUCCUCAGGUUGCGAGGGGUGAAGUGUUCAUGUGCCUAGUCUGCUGUGAUCUCAAUGAUAGAUGGCUAUAUUAUUUGCUUCUUAGCUUCGUUUGCUAUCCCAGUGUGGUGCUAUGGUUCGUCACAUGGUUACUUUGGUGCUUUUAUCUAUAGAAAUGAAGGGAAAGACACUGACAUGCACCAACGUCUAUCGUAUGACCUUCACCGAUUCACUUUCAUAUCACCACAACUAUACGAGUGGGAUUCUGUACAUUUUGUAUAGUGACGUAUACAUCAAGAGCAAAAAGAUCUGAGCCUUCAGCACACAUGGACCAGCGCUGUUUUGUGGGGUUUCUCCUUUAUGCAGACUUUGCGUUUCAGUGUCACUCUCGGUCAUGCUGUUCAUUAGUUAAGUUCAUUGGUUCUCGUUGGAGUUUGAAAUCGUCUUGGGCCGAGCGAGACAGUCCGUUUUUUUUUUGUUUUGAUGUCUUCCUGCAGCGUGGAGUACGUGCAGAAUGCUUUGAGAUGUUCGUCAUGGCGUAUGUUGUUUAUAUUCUCUUGUAUUUUCCCUGUGAGUAUUUUUUUUUUCCUCGGUUAAUCAAAAAAAAAAAAAAAGUUUUUGUUGAUUUUUCUGACUUUCUGAAUGCAACUGAUCAUUUUUCCAUCAAUAAAUGAAGCAUACCAUGGAUAAAGUAAUGAAGGUUUCUUUACAUGAACCUUUAAGAUGUUCAAAAAAAGAAACAAACAAAAAAAAUAAACAUCACAUAAAUUAACAGUGUUUGAAAACUUGAAUUUUAUUUAAACUUGAAAAAAAUGUCUCUGCCUUAACUUUUUAGAUGACAGUUUGGAGGUUUUUUGUUUGUUGUUUUCUUUCAAUUCCCAAAGUGGAGAAAAAAGGAUGAUGUGGUUGAGGCGUCACGAAGCCUUCAUCACUACAUUUGUGUAGCACAAUACUUUUGGGAUUGAGAUGGGAUUCUCGUUUUGUUUUGUUCUCCUCUGUGUAAAUGCUUGUAGUCUAAACUGUAGUACAUGUAUACACUCGGAUGUGUGUGCUUUCUCUGUACAGAUGUAAAUAAUUGGAAAAUGUUAAAAUGGUACCCUAAAAUUGGUUAUGAGAAAAUGUAUGGAAAAAAAUAAAUAAAUGUUAAUGAGGAACUUG